UUUUUUCGUAGUUAGUAUGAGUCUUGAGAAUUGGAGAGAAAUGUCAGGAAUUUCAUGACAGAGAUGAGGGCUAGGAAUUUCUCAUCCUUGAGUUUGCUUUUUAGGUUUCAGCCCGACAUUGAUAGGAAACCUGUGGUGGGAGAGAAAGCGUCUGAAGGUUCAUCAUUCUCAAAGAUAGACCAUCGGAACUGGCCAUUGGUGGAGUGGGUAUUGAACACAAAGUUCAAAUGAGAGAAGGAAGUGGUCAUAAGGUGACUUAAUUAAUGAAGGCAAAGGAUACAUGUGUCUUCAAAUCACAACAUUGCAGCAAGAACUGGUGAAAAUCGAAGAAGCACAAAAUAAUGCAGGA